AAGUGUCAACUUUGCGCGUAAGCUUGUUUAUAAGUUCAACGCUAGUCAUCUGUCGUGCAGACGAAGUAACAGCACGUGGUACAGUUUAUCCGCCACAAACAAAACGGUCGUCGUGCAUAAUAUGUGUUGUUAUACAGUGAUGUGUUACAUGUUGAAUCUAUAUUCGUGAGAGUUUUAUUUUAAGUCGUAAAAAUAUUCAUUGUAGGAAACAAUGAAUUUGCUGUCGGAAGAAGGAUACCGUUUAGACGGCCGCAAGCCGAAUGAACUAAGAGUUAUUAAAUGCAAGCUAGGUGUUUUCAGUCAGCCUGAUGGUAGUGCAUAUUUGGAACAAGGCAACACAAAAGUGCUGGCAGCGGUCUAUGGUCCACAUGAGAUUCGAGGAAGCAAAACAAAAGCCAUACAUGACCAGGUGUAUGUCAACUGCCAGUACAGUAUGGCGACAUUCAGCACUGGUGAACGUAAACGAAGGCCCAGAGGUGACAGAAAAUCUCAAGAAAUGACUCAACAUCUGCGCCAGGCUCUGCAGGCGGCAAUUAAAACAGAGCUCUACCCGCGGUCCCAGAUUGAUGUCUUUGUAGAGGUUCUGCAGGCUGACGGUGGAAACUACUGUGUUUGUGUUAAUGCAGCUACUCUUGCAUUAAUUGAUGCUGGUAUUCCCAUGAAGGAGUACAUGAUAUCUUGCUCAGCCACUCUAGCGAGUAACAAUAAACCAAUGGUUGACAUAAGCCACGUGGAAGAAAUUUCUGGUGGAUGUAAUCUUACAAUUGCAGCUUUGCCAAUAUCUGGCCAGAUAGCUGUAAUGGAGAUGUCACAGAGGUUUCAUAUUGACAGUUUCCAUGAAGUGGUAGAGUGUGCACUGGAGGGAUGUCGUGAAAUCCAUCGGAUUUUGAAUGCACAAGUAAUUGAACAUGUACAAACUGCUGGUGUUGCAUCCAACUGGGGAAUGAAGUCCGCAAAUGAACUGUGAUUUCACUUUUACUUAAAAACAAUAACUUUGAACUUGUCUGUGGAUUCUAAAUUAUGUUGUGGCAACAAGUAUUGAGAGUACCAUAUUUUGAUACUAUAAAACUAUUUCAUUGUGUCUACAACCCUUA